AUGAAGAACACAGUACCAGAUGUUAUCCCACCGGGCCCACGACUACCCCAGCUCCGCAAAAACGGAGCGCGCCUUCUUGCCUGCGAUGGUGGAGGCGUCAAGGGCGUUUCGUCCGUUCUGAUUCUAGACGCCAUCAUGGAGAAAGUCAAGCAAAUCGAAGUCCACGAGGGCAUCAACCUGUCGCCAAAGCCUCGGAAACCAUGCGAUUACUUCGACCUGGCGGCAGGUACCAGUACGGGCGGACUUAUUGCGCUUAUGCUCUUCCGUCUGCGGAUGAACACCAAGCAGUGCUUGGACGAAUACCAUAACCUGGCUUCACAGAUCUUCGCACCGACCAUCUUCGGCUUCCGGACAAUGGGCGGCCUCCUCGGAAAGUGUGGGUUGAUGCUGAAUAUGAUCGCCUCUGGCGCGCAGUUUCCCAGGAAACCAUUGGAAGACGCCAUCCGAACGGUUGUCGACAAGUACUCUGACAGGGAUGACCAAUGGAAAGACUACCUUGUUAACCCGAAGUCCGCGAUGAUGUUCAUGUGUGCCACGGUCAAGGACGAGGGCGAGUCUGUCCUCCUGCGCUCUUACACCAGGCCUGAAGGCGCAGCUCCAGUACGCUCACCUGUAGUUGAUGAGAAUGAUCUUGUCAACAGCAUCAAGAUCGUUCCAGCUGCCCGAGCUACGUCUGCGGCGCCAGGCUAUCUUCCUGAAGAAGUAUGGCAGUACAACAACCAGACCAUCAGCUUUUGGGAUGGUGGCGUGCUAAAUAACAAUCCGAUUGAGCAGCUAUGGAACGCACGCUACGAUUUGGUCGAGCGCCACCAACCACCGCCCGCCGUCUCCAUUGUUCUGUCGCUUGGGUGCGGUAGGCCAGAUGUGAGGCACCCGCGCUUCAUUGGCAAGCUUAUGAACAUGGCCAUCUACUACGCUCAGUGGUUCGUGGCCAACACCGCGGCAAAGCAUGCCGACUUCGAACGAUUGGCUAACCGGAUGGUCGACCGAGGCGAUCAGAACUCACAUCUUAAGUACUAUCGUCUUGACUGUCCGACUGGGAAAGCUAUACUGGACAUGGCUGAUUACACCAUUAUGGACGACCUUGAGGCAACGACCAGAAAGUACAUUGAGACCGAUCCUGACGCGAUUCGAAUGAUUGAUGAAUGCGCAAGGCUGUUGGCCAGCCGGGAUUAA